ACCGCCUCCGCCGGUCUUCUGGCCCACUGUGCGAUAGCACGUACACCGUUGGACCCCUCCCACCUCUAAAUCCGCUCUGGACAAUCACCCUAGCGGCUUAACGACUUGCUUGCUGUCGGUUAUCGCUGGGGUGGCCGGGGCCGCUCGUAAGGCGGCCGCCGCGUAUAUAUUGGUCUAGGAUUCUUCAGGUUAGCACUGCAUCACCUGCUUCUUCACCAUGAAGACCUACGUGACGGUUCUCGUCGUCCUUGUGGUGCUCGCCGUCGCGGCGGCCGACCCCCAGAGACGCUACGGCGGUGGAGGUUACGGUGGCGGUGGCUACGGCGGCGGUGGCUACGGCGGUGGACAUGGCGGACCGGGCGGCUUCGGAGGACACGGUGGAGGCUACAACGGUGGCGGCUUCGGUGGACACGGCGGACAAGGCGGCUACAACGGCGGCGGUUUCGGCGGGCACGGUGGACACCACGGUGGUCACCAUGGAGGCGGCGGCUGGGGCUACUGAGGAGCAUCGACGCCAACAAGGUGCCGUGCAGCCAAUGCCGCUGAACCUGUGUUAAUGGCGGUAAAAAAGGAAAAUAUUUAAUAUCGGCACUGAGGGCCUUAGGGCCUCAAGGCCAUAUUUCGGACCACACGCUGUGCGGUGUCUGAUCAAAAAUAAAAUCGGAAACAGUUUAAUUUGUUUACAAUUUCUUAAUGGCACUAGUGCUUGUACAGUCGCUACACUCGGAGCACGAUAGCCAACAAUUUAGAGUUCGUUUUCUUUCCUCUUUUUCUGUAGCAAUUAUCGGACAUAUCGAUCACUGCUGACGUCAUCACACGUGUCUCCGCGGUCUGCUCAGUUUGCUGGAACACGUGACA